AAGGAGUCUGACUUUGAGAUUGCAAAUUCAUAUUUCAAGAAAAUACUAAACACAGUUGUGAAUAACUAAUGUAUGCUCAACGACUAAACGCAAGUUUAUUUAUUUUUCUGAUAAUCAACAACUAUAUCUCCUUCAUAGAAAUUAAGAACCUAUUUAAGAACCCACUUAGCUUAAAUUGCUAAUAACUACCCCAAAAUACAAGGACCUAUUUUGCCAGAGUUAAAAAAAUGCAGGUGUUUACUGUACCAGAAAUGAUACAUGUAAGAUAGUUACCGUGCAUCAUGCCCCCUACCCGACCCCAAAAUAAAGAACGGCCAUUUAAGUCGAGAAAGUAAUUCAUUUCUGGGUAUAAAAUGAUCUCAAAUAUUAAUUGUUUACAUACUACAAGAAGCUUUAGCGGACGCCAAUAAUUGAUAUGUGUGUGUGUGUUCCAGCAGAACGCACCGGAACUGAGCUGGCUUUGAAGCGAUGUACUUAAUUACUCUGAGGCAGAUCGUUUUCGUCAUGUGGCUUGUGGUGGCUUGUGAAAGUGUUUGUCCACCCCUAUGUACCUGUUCGCCUUUUCGCAAGACACGUAUCAGAGUUAAAUGUAAUACUACUGGGCAGAUACCAAGUGAUAUUCCAUUUAACACGGUGAAGCUAGAUCUCUCUGGGUGCCAUUUGAACUCCAUUUCACAAGAAUCUUUUGGAAAUCUCAAUUCGCUAAAAGUUCUAGGCCUCUUGAGGAACUUGCUGAAGAUUAUUCCAGAAGACACUUUCCGGAAUAUGACGUCACUAGAGAUGAUGUAAAAGCUUUAUGUUAUGCUUCUUUGUUUCCAAAACACAGUUGACUCAAUGAAUUGUUUUUUUUUUGUCUUUGGCCACAAUAUGUAAACCUUGCAUUAAAAAUUUGACAAGAUAUCUGUUUCAUGCGAAAUCAAAAUGAUGUCAAAAUUAA